AUGAAGCCCCUCCUGGCAUUGGUCUUUCUCCUCCUCUGGACCCCAGUGCAGCCAGGCCUGCUCACGUCCUCGGACUUACACAAGCCCUGCCAUGGGAACGGCCUCUGCAGGCUCGAGUGCUACAAGAGCGAAAUGCUCGUCGCGGCCUGCAAGCUGCAGCUGGAGUGCUGCAUCAAGGGGAACCCCAAGCCCUGA